AUGGCAGCUCCGAAAAGGCUGUGUACGAAUUUUGCUCCAAGUUGGAUAUCCCAAAAUGCCGGGAAUUCGGGAUUUAAGGAUGGUAAAAGUGGACACGGUGAUAAAGUGGAAUCUCUACUGGAUAUUUGUGCUAAAAUUGUGGCGGAAAACAUCCCAUUUCAGACCGUAGAACAACGUUUCGAUCGUAUCCCUGAACCCGUUCAGGGACGAAUCGUGUUCUGGUCCUUCCCUCGUAACGAAAAGGAUAUUUGUAUGUACUCCUCCUUCGCAAAUUGUGGGAAGGAUGGCGCAGAGAAUCAAAAACUACCUUUCCAUCAAGGAGUAAGACUUCUAGAAAAUGGUGCUGUCGAUAGUGUUUUACAAAUUGGAUUUCACCUUAGUGGAACAGUAACGGAACCUGCCAACCCCUUGUAUACCACAGAACCAGAUACUACAUAUCAAGUGUCUAUCAGCUUUGAUAGGUGUAAAAUUACCUCAGUAAAAUGUGGCUGUGGAGACAAGGAUAUAUUUUGGUGCAAACAUGUGGUGGCUUUGUCCUUAUAUCGGAUACGGAAAGCAGAAAGUGUACAACUCAGGGUCCCUAUAUCAGAAACACUUUUACAGAUGAGUCGGGAACAACUACAGAAGUUUGCACAGUAUUUAAUAGCAGAACAUCACUCAGAGGUCCUUCCAACUGCACAGAAAAUAGCUGAUGAAAUUCUGUGUGCAAAAUCAGAGAUCAACCUUCUUCCAGGUGCUCCUGACCCAACCGCUGGGGCUUCUGUGGAUGAUGACAAUAGCUGGCAUUUAGAUGAAGAACAAGUACGGGAAACUGUGCGAUCCUACCUGUCUCAAGAUGGCUACAUUACAGUGUCAAACCAACUCACCUUUAUGUUUGCAAAGGUGCGAGAAAUGCUGCGUGCAAGGGACUCAAAUGGUGCUAGAAUGUUGACACUGAUCACGGAACAGUUCCUGGCUGACCCUCGCCUACUGGUCUGGAAGUCUCAAGGUCAACCAAUGACGGAUAAGUGUCGACAACUGUGGGAUGAACUAGGUGCUCUCUGGGUGUGCGUUGUGCUCAAUCCUAACUCCACCAUGCAGGACAAGGACCACUGGCAGAAGCUACUGGACGAGUGGUCAUCAUGUCCAGUGUGUCCACUGGAGGAUGCUGAUGUCCGACAUGCAGGAGAUUUAACUCUCACCAAUAUGGGACUCAGUAACUCAGGUCCCUACUCUAAUAAACCACGUAAGAUUUUCCACCGUGCCCUGACGGCCAGCAAGCUUACCUGGGAGGACAAACACCUCCAGCUGGUUCUGAGGGAGGACUACUGUCACUGUCUCCACAAUUACCAGUUUGAUCUCUUUGACCAGCAGGGCUUCCCCCUCUGGAAUGAACACUUUCCAACUGCAUGUGCCAGAGUAGAUGCUUUACGUUCCCAUGGUUACAUAAAAGAGUCUCUACGAUUGGCUGUCAGUAUAGUAAGGUCAUUAAAAAAGAAACAGAAGUACAACCAGCAGGUAUAUAAAAGUCACAGUGAGGAGACACCUAGUACCAGUCGUGGGUCCUGGAAAAAGCCACCACAGACCAAUAAUACAGAGGGAUGGAUAGGCCAUGCAUUGGAUCCUCUGGGAGUACUUUUCGAUACACUCAUGGAAGCAUCUAUCAACACAGAAGACCCCACCCCUACAGAUCCUCUCAGCAGUCGUUUAUUUGCUGGUGAAACCCCAAGCUGUCUACCUCCUCGUUACCACCACGUGGCAAUCCCAGGGAAUGGAGACCGCCAUGAGUCGUAUUUGACAUAUGCUUUGGAGGUGGCGCUGAUUGGUCUGAGCCAACAGAGACAGAUGCCAACAGGACUGUAUGCCCAGGAAAAAGCAUGUAAACAGGAAGAGAAACUCAUUGCCAAACUACAAAGUGUGGAGCUUGACCCUACCCUGGUGUCUGUGUUUAGUAAACAGGCUGUCCUUAUGUUGGAAGGAGGAAGUCACAGUGGACUUGGUAUAGGAAUUCAUUCAGAAAGCUACCCUAUGCACACAUUUGCCAAGUUUCUCUUCAACAGUCUCUUGCCACAUGACCAGGAUCUGGCUUACAGGGUUGGCCUUCGUGCAAUGAGAUUACCUGUUUUGGAAGAUACAGAAGAUAUAGAUGAUGGAUUAAACAAUAUCGGGUCAGCCAUGCUCAGUCGCUUUCCUCGUUGGUUUAUCCUCGGUCACAUUGAGAGUAAACAGUGUGAGCUGUCCUGUACACUGCUGGCAGCAGCUAAGGGAGACAUCAGAAGACUGCGCACAGUGCUGGAAGUAGCCCACAAACACAUUCAUAGCUCAUCACAGCUCUUCAAACUUGCUCAGGAUGUGUUCAAGAUAGCCACACCUGCAGACACACCCAAACACAUGGGUGCUCUGAAUGCAGCCUUUGAACUUGGCUUACAGGUAAUGAAGAUGACACUUAUGACGAUGAAUUGGCGUCGACGUGAGAUGGUUCGAUGGUUAGUGACCUGUGCAACAGAGGUCGGAGUUCAAGCAUUGGUGUCAAUCAUGCAGAAUUGGUACACCUUAUUCCAGCCUAUCGAGGCUACAGGAAUGGUUGCUACCACAAUAAUGUCUCAUACAACAAUGAUGCAGUUGAAUGUUAAUUAUCACCAGCAAGAGGAGCUAGCCAACUGUGCACGGACGUUAGCUCUUCAGUGUGCUACCAAAGACCCACAGAAUUGUGCGCUGUGUGCUCUCACCUUGUGUGAAAAGGACCCUGCAGCGUUUGAAACAGCCUAUCAAAUAGUCAUAGAGGCUGCCUCCCACAUCAUGAACUCCAGUCAGUUAUUUACGAUAGCCCGGUACAUGGAGCACCGAGGCUAUCCGAAUCGUGCAUACAAACUUGCCCUUCUCGCCAUGAAAAAUCUACAUCUCGCUUACAAUCAGGACACUCAUCCCGCCAUCAACGACAUUCAUUGGGCAUGUGUGCUAAGUCACUCUCUAGGUAAAAAUGAACUAGCUAAUGUCAUUCCCGUCCUGGUUAAAAAUGUUCAGUGUGCAACAGUGCUUUCAGACAUUCUGCGGAGGUGCACAUUGUCCGCUCCUGGCUUAGCCAGUCAGGAUGGAAAGCGACGUGCCAUCAAACUUUUAUCAUAUGACAAGCUUCCUUUACGCCAGCUCAUGGAUGCCACGAUACAUGCCUAUAUUAGUACAACACAUUCAAAACUCACACAUAUCAGUCCACGACACUAUGGAGACUUCAUAGAAUUUCUAAGCAAAGCAAGAGAAACAUUUCUUCUGGCUCAGGAUGGACUUAUCAAGUUUGCACAAUUAAUUGAAAAUAUGAAACUUGUUUAUAAAGGCAAAAAGAAACUGAUGUACCUCAUCAAGGAGAGAUUUGGGUUAUGA